AUGACCGAAACGUCGUGUUAUAUUCUCGACAAUGGGGGCUACACGGCCAAAGUGGGCUUCUCUAGCAUGGAGCCAAAGGUAGUUCCUAACUGUAUCAUGAAAGCUAAAUCGGAAAGACGAAGACCAUUCGUAGCGUCACAAAUUGACGAAUGCCGAGAUGCGUCUGGACUAUUUUACAUUCUACCGUUUCAAAAAGGUUUCCUAAUUAACUGGGACACCCAAAAAACUGUCUGGGACUAUAUGUUUAGUAAAGAAUGCUGCCCUGUGAACUUCAACGAAACGCCAUUGAUAAUUACAGAACCACUAUUCAACUUUGCAUCAAUACAAGAAGCCAUAACUGAAAUAUUUUUCGAAGAAUACGAAUGCCAGUCAUUACUACGUAUAAAUGCUACAGAUUUAGCAGAAUAUAACUACCGUAAAACUCAUAAGAACCAGUGUACGCUUGUAGUUGAUACGGGAUAUAGUUUUACCAACAUUGUUCCAUAUAUAAAGGGUAAAAAGUAUAAAGAUGGUAUACGAAGGAUAGAUGUAGGAGGUAAAGUACUGACUAACCACUUGAAAGAGAUUCUAUCUUACAGGCAACUUAAUGUUAUGGAUGAAACAUAUGUCAUAAAUCAAGUUAAGGAAGAUUCUUGUUUUGUUUCUCAGGACUUUAUGGGAGAUAUGGAGAUAGCCAAGAAGAAAGGUGCAGAUAAUAUCAUAGUUAAAGACUAUGUCCUGCCCGACUACACAUCCAUCCGUCGAGGAUACCUUCGCGACAUUGUCAAACCAGAUGAAGACUUAGAACAACAAACACUCAGGCUAAACAAUGAAAGGUUUUCUAUCCCAGAGCUAUUGUUCCACCCAUCAGAUGUUGGGAUCCCACAAAUGGGCAUCCCAGAAGCGAUCAUGAACUCAAUUGGUGCUUGUCCAGAAGAAAAUAUGGAAAGUUUAUUGGAAAAUAUUAUUUUGUUUGGUGGUAAUACUUUAUUUCCGGGCUUCCGUGAUCGAGUCUUUAAUGAAGUAAGGUCAUUAGCCUUAGACCAUUAUGACGUUAAUGUCACAAUGGCGGAAAAUCCGAUCACAUAUGCUUGGGAAGGUGGGAAAAAGAUUUUUAGAGAUCCGGAUUUUUAUUCGUUCUGUGUAACUAGAGAAGAGUAUGAAGAGGAGGGGAAAUCGCUUGCUUUUGAAAGAUUUGAUAUUUAG